CGCGCGGGCAGUCCCUCUUAAUCCUACCGUCGGGAAACUGGCACGUGCUAAUUUUUUCCAUAUGAAUAGGUCGUUUUAAUUGAUAAUUUUAAAAUCAAAUUUUUGUACUUUGAUGUGUGUGAAUCUUCAAAAGAAUCACAUUGUUCGGUGAAAAUUAUUUUUGCCAAGUGACCUAAUUUUGAUACCAUACGAAGGUAAGAAGCCCGAGGCGAUGGCGAUCGAUCAGAUGAUACCGUUGAUCUCCACCGUGUCGAAGAUAUUGCAGCCCCUGAAGGCACUCUUCCGAAUGCUGCCUCCGCUACUGAAAAUGCCGAUGCAGAUCAUGCAAAGCAAAAAUUACAGCCCAGCACCGUACACCCAAUCGGGAGCCUUCAAGAGCAACGAGCUUUCAGACGCGGCCUUGAACAUCUUCCAAUUAAUGAGCGAUUUUUUAACGGCCACCAAUUUCACGAGUGCCGUCGAGAGUUUGGCGUUCGGCGAGGGGCACAGUACCUCGGAGGAGCCCGUUUACAAUGGAAUCAUGGAUUUCUUGAAUGCCAUAACGGUGCCGAAUAAUUUCACAGAUACAGCCCAUACGAGGUAAGCAGACAAAUUAACACACAAAUUUCAUGAUUGGUUUGUCCUUGAACUGGGGAGAAAUUUUCGAAUGAAGAUUGACUUUUGGAGUUCAUCACGAUACAAGAAGCCCUCUGUACAAUUCAUGCGUAACAAAAGCAAGGAUGAGUACAAAGUGUAGAACCAGGGCAUUGUACUAAAAUAUCAUUCACUAGUUUUAAGCAUUCAACCUCAAAGUUGUGUCAAACAUGCGAAUAAUAAUUAGAUUGCAUUUUGCAAGAAGGAACUAAAGAGCAUUGCAAUUUUGCUAAGAUUGUGUAACUUCUUUUGUCCCGGAAGAAAACUUGAUCAUCUAUACACAUUUUCUAUUUUACACGCUAAAAACUGUAAAUUUUAUACAAAAAUGUCUAUGUAAAUGUCAUAUUUUUGCACGAUUACAGUAGUUUUUUGGCAAGGGUGAAGUUGCACAAUCUCAGCAACGCAACAUGGCAAUGUUCCUGGUUCCUUUUUGCAAAAUGUAAUCCAAUUUAACCUUAUAGCUCUCGAUAAGUUUGUAUAAGACCUUAAGAAGACAUUUUUUUCAGCGUUUCCCGUCCUGAAAUGAUCAGUUUUUUUUUGGAAUGUAUCAAGUAUGUAUUAUUAUAUACUUGUACUUUUGGAGAGAUUAGUCUUUAAAUCGAUCCACUCAAAGAAGAAACACAACUUUCAGUAAAAUUAUUGUAUUUUUAUUUAAGUAAAAUUAAUAUUUACACAUAAAGUUAAACGUAUGUUCUACCUACA